AUGAAGGUUAGUUCAGCGUUGCUGCAGCAAGGAUCAAAAAUGAUCGACAAGUAUGCUUUGUAUGUGCCCAAGUCUGGUGUCUUCCCAAAGGGCUUCAAGGUCGCCUCUGCUGCCACUGGCGUCAAGAAAAACGGCAAUCUUGAUCUGGGGAUUAUCGUGAAUACCAACAAGUCACAUCAGUCGUCUGCUGCUGCUGUUUUUACUACAAACAAAUUCAAGGCAGCUCCGGUUUUGGUCUCAAGAACAGUGCUUGAGGAAACGUCUGGAAAGAACGUGAACGCAAUUGUUGUCAAUUCUGGUUGUGCAAACUCUGUCACUGGUGAUGUGGGUAUGGCCGAUGCAAAGGAAAUGGUCGGCCUAGUUAAUAGUAAACUCCAACUGGAAAACUCUACUUUGGUGAUGUCGACCGGUGUGAUCGGUCAAAGAUUACAGAUGGACAAGAUCUCGCAAGGUAUCGACAAGAUUUUCAAUGAGAACAGAUUUGGUUCUGACUUCUCCUCGUGGCUGGACAUUGCCAAAUCAAUCUGCACCACUGACACAUUCCCAAAGAUGAUUUCUUCUGAGUUCGCUUUGCCCAAUGGCGCUAGAUACACUUUAACAGGUAUGGCCAAGGGUGCCGGUAUGAUUUGUCCUAACAUGGCUACUCUUCUGGGUUUUAUUGUGACUGAUCUGCCCAUUGAAAGCCAUGCGUUGCAAAAAAUGCUGCGCUUCUCAACCGAGCGCUCUUUCAACUGUAUCUCAGUUGAUGGAGAUAUGAGUACAAAUGAUACGAUCUGCAUGAUUGCUAACGGUGCUGUUGAUACUCCCGAGAUUACCGAAUCCAGCCCUUAUUACGAGCAGGUUAAAGAGCAGGUUACAGAAUUCGGUAAAAGAUUGGCUCAUUUAGUUGUUCGUGAUGGUGAAGGAGCCACCAAGUUCGUCACCGUUAAUGUCAAAAAUUCCCUUACCUUUGCGGAUGCUAAGAUUAUUGCUGAAUCUAUUUCGAACUCUUCGCUUGUCAAGACUGCGCUCUACGGUAAGGACGCCAACUGGGGAAGAAUUCUAUGUGCAAUCGGUUAUGCCAAGUUGGAAAAUUUGAGCUCUCUGGAUGUGGAGAAGAUCAACGUCAGUUUCAUUGCAACAGACAAUUCCGAACCACGGGAACUCAAGCUUGUGGUCAAUGGUGUGCCCCAGUUGGAGAUCGACGAAGAGAGAGCUUCCGAGAUUCUGGCACUGACCGAUCUGGAAGUUCUAGUCGAUCUUGGAACCGGCAAAGAAGAAGCUCAGUUCUGGACAUGCGAUUUGUCUCAUGAGUAUGUCACAAUCAAUGGUGAUUACAGAUCAUGA